UAGUGGAUGAGCUUGUGAGUGAUGCUUGCUUGUACUUCCCGUCGCCAGACUGGAGGUCAAGCCUAUGCAUAUCUGUGAUCUCUAGCAUUAAUUGUGCUGUGUUGCUGUCAAAGGUGAACCGUCCAGUUAGGUUCGCUUGGCUCGCUUCUAUCCUUCAGUGUACGUCCAACCCUUCGUCGCAUGACAUAAUAAGAGAUUUCGAAGGAUCCAAAUAACGGAAGAUCUCUACAGAUGGAUUCUAGACGAAACUCGCGUGCAGCAUGGGGUUCUCCCCCGCCCGAAUCCCCUUUGGCUCUCCCUCCAGCUCCGAUUGCCUUCCAACUAUCGAGUCGUCUGGCAGAACCAGCUCACCCUUCGAAACCAGAUACCGAAAAGGAAGAGCUGCGCGUCCAGGUAAACACAUUGAAGUAUGAACUGGAGAACUUCAAGCAAGAGCGAGACUUGAUGGUAUUGCGCCAUGAGAAAGAGCUGCGGGAAUUGCAAUUGAAGGCAGAUGCGGAUUUCCGCAAGGCCCAGGUAGCAGAAUCGUCCAGUCACCGUGCCAGCCACAAGAGCGAGACCCUUGCGAAAGAAUUAAAAGAGGCCCAGGACACCGCACUCAAUGAGAAAGCGGAGCUGGAGCGAAGACUCCGGACCCUUCAAGACCAAAACCAGUCCCUGCAGGAAGAUGUCGACGAUACCAAAGCGCAACUGCUCGACCAGGAGCGACAGUCCAAAUAUCAGGUCAGCGAGUUGGAAACAAUCCGAUCAUCGCUUCAAAAAACACUCGAGGAGCUGCAGAACGACCUGCAGACUGUACGAAGUGAUAUGAAUACCACGCAAGCAAAGUUACAGGAACGAGAAACGGAAGUUGCACACCUGGAAUCGGAAAAUCUCCGCCUGAAGGCCGAGGGCAGCGACACCGAGGCACUGUCUGUUCUCAAGCGGGAGCUGUCGGAUCAAGUCAAUCACAUCAGAAACUUGGAGACUGCAAAUCGUGAACAGACGAUCGAGCUACGUCACCUGCGCAAGGUGCAGAAGAAUGUGGAGGUGGUAGAGGAGCAGAAGCGAUCGUUAGAAAAUCAGCUACAACUCAUGAAGGGCGUGGAGUCUGAGCUAGGGACCGCUCAGAUCCAGAUGCAGAUACUCGAAGAUGAGCGACGGUCCUGGACCAGCCUCCUACAGGAUAACGACCAGCCGGCGGAGCUUGACUCUCCGGAAUCGGUUGUCAAAGCUUUGCUACAGGAACGGAUCGAGAAAGCUACCCUUGUUGACAAACUGGGCAGCGUCGAGGCCGAAGCACUGGAGAAGGAGGAACAGAUCCGAAGCCUGGAAGCCGAAAAGAUGACCCUGCGGAAAGAACUCGAGACUGUUCGCGCUACCGCCUCUGCAGCCGGCGGAGCCACCGCAGACAGCCGUGCUAAGGCCCGCCUUGAGAGGCAGCGCACCCUCGCCAUCAAAGAGGUCGAGUAUCUCCGGGCCCAGCUGAAGACAUUUGACACCGAAGAGGAGACCAUGAAUGCCGAACAGAGCCAGUUCGACCAGCAGAAAUCCGAGCAGAUAGCCACAUUGGAGAAGCUUGUCGACGAGUACAGAGCCGAACUGGCCAAGGUUCACGAGGAGCUUUCCCAGCACAUCAAAGUCGUCCCCGUCAGCACCCUCGAGAGCAUGAAGCUCGACAUCCAGGACAUGGAGCGGGCCGUCGCCGACAAGGAGAAGCGCAUGCGCCGCCUGAAGGAGAUCUGGACCGCCAAGUCCUCCGAGUUCCGCGAGGCGGUCGCCUCCCUCCUCGGCUUCAAGCUGGACUUCCUCCCCAACGGCCGCGUGCGCGUGACCUCCAUGUUCCAUCUUUCCGCGGCGUACCGGCACGGGGACCGGGAUAGUGGCUCGUCAUCGGACGCGCAGGGACCCGGCAGCAUGGGCAACGGCGAGGAGAACUCGAUCAUCUUCGACGGCGAGAAUGGGACCAUGAAGAUCUCCGGGGGUCCCAACAGCCUCUUCGCGAUGGAGAUCCGUCCCCUGGUCAAAUUCUGGGUCGAAGAGCGCAAGGAUAUCCCCUGCUUCCUGGCGGCCAUGACCCUGGAUUUCUACGAUAAAACGACCAGGGCGGCGCGCAUGUAG